UAUUCAAUUUUUUAUUUAGUUUUAAAUUUGGGGAAGCAAUCAUAUGGCACAUUGAAAUCUGCAAGCCAAGCAGUUUUGAAACUUGUGGCAAAGUAAACAAAAUUUGAGGUCAAGUUGGCACAGGCUGAAAUAAGUUCAUAACACUUGAGGAUGUCGGUGUGACCAGCAGAGCCUCGAGUUCAACACAGCAGUGAAGAACAGAGCCGAACUGAUUCCUGAGACAGGCUCUUUGAUGGGACAAUCAAACAUUUCCUCCUCACCUGCAGUUGUACAAUCAGAAUUUUCCAUGUGUCCAGACUUAUCAUUCUUCUUGACUCUGGCUGUAAUGUGGACAUCAGCCCUCACAGGAUGUCCUCAACAUGGAACAGUUGCUCCAGAAUCCUCUGCUCUGGAAUCUUUGGAGUGCCGUAAUGACUACCGUACCCAUAUCCACUGCAGCUGGAGGGACGAUCCUCAUAUUCCACUCUCUCUGAUCCACAUGGAUCCAGAUGACCACCGAGUAUCUCCCUGUGUUCAGACUCCUAAGCCUUCCCAGAAUUCUACUGGGCAGGAGAGAGUUUGUUGUCGGUACAACACAUCUCUGUUUGCCAUCGGCUUUGAUGACGUGUUCUUCUUCCACACACCACACUCUUCCAGCAUUUCCAAAACCUUCAGACUCACAAAAUUUGAAGAUGCAGAUCCAGACUGGAAUUUGUACCAGCUAGAUGAUACACCCCCUCCCUCACUCUUGACCUCUGACUCCUUCAGACUACAUGAACAAGAGUGCUCAGUGGAGUUUAAUUAUGAAAUAGUCAAGGACCACAAAGGCGGGAAAAUUCACACCAAACCAACACAGAAAGACGUGGAAGGCAGCGAGAAUAUAACCGAGGUCAGCAAGUUGUUGUUUGACAAGCCAGAACUGAUAUCUGAGUACACUCUUCCUGGUCCAUCUAACCUACACUGUGUGUUCAGUGGCGGGAAGAAUUUGAGCUGUAGCUGGGAUCUCAAGACAGAUCUGGCCCAGUACAUCAGCUACACGUUGUCCUACCGGACAAACUCCACUGCACUGGCUGCGUGGAGCUGCGUUGAGAAGGUGGAGGUCAUAAAUGAAGGAGACUUUUUGAGGAUGGUUGGUGUUUUCAGCAUCUUUAAACCUGGAGUGCUGCAGGUGCAACUCACGCCAACACCGGUGACUAAAGUGAUCCGCUCUUACGAACACAUCCAGCCCACAUGUCCCACGGGUCUGAGCGUUGAGCUGAGAGGAGAAGACUGGAUUCUGAACUGGACUCUAACAAAGUACCGUACUGUACCUCUUACUACUGAACUCAAAUACUGGAGCACACUAACACCUGAGGAUGUAAAGAGCAUCUUUCUCUCUGAUGAAAAGAUGGUGUUUGCUAUAUCAGAGCGUUCUCUCAAGGGUUCAUCGGAGUACCAGGCUCAAGUUCGCUGUAAUGUGAGUGCAACCAGACGUUCAGGAUGGCGUUACACUGGAUAUCCCUCAGAGUGGACCGACCCCAUCUACUGGACCACACGGCCUGAGCCUCUUGCACCAAAUCUGGUUGCAUUUCUCCUGUAUUUCCUCAUUGCGACCCUCGCGUCAGCUGUCUCUAUCACAGUUUUCAUCUUUCUAGUUGUUCUUCAGAGAAGACUGAGAGAAUGGGACAUGUCUCUUCCCUCUCCUGUCCACAGCAAAGUCUCAGAGGUGUCACAGAUGGACCACUUACCCUGCUGUACAGAACUGAAGGAUCCAGAAAUCAGCAAUGCUCAGAGUGUGGAUGUCCAUCAGCAGUUGUCCUCAUUUGAAUCAAAAAAUACCUUGACUGCUGAUGGAAACGACCGUUGCCUAGAAAUCGAGGGUCAUCGAGUGGUUUUGCAUGUUGACGAUCCAUGCCUUGAGUCCUUGUGUUCCUCUGGCAAUGUGUUGGGAAUAGAUGGUACAUUCCAGCCUUGUACCUCCAACUUCAAUGACCCAGUCCUCCCAUGUUCAGAGGGAUACUUGCCGAAUCCUGCAACUUCUGUCAACACUAACCAGAAUGCUUUGCAAGAGGAUUGCUCUCUGAAUGUAGAAAUGGAUGAUGGUUACAUUAAUUGCCCUGAGCCUGAUUUAAACAGAAGGAUAAAUCCUCAUUUGGUCCAUUCAUCAGAUUUAAACACAAAUGUUUUCUGUCUACCUUCUCCAGGAAGUGCUCCAGGAAGACUAUGAGUGAUUAUUCUGCAUAUUUUUUAAUUCAUCUUAAAGAAUACAAACAUGUAUAAGGACAUUAAUUAAAGGAAAUUACAGACACUCUUGGCUGCUGUUUCCACAGUGACCACCAGAGGGUAGUAUAGUACUACAUUAUCUACUAUAUUUUGAGACUUUGGGUGAAGCCAGAGGUGUCCAAUCCGGCUCUUGGAGGGCCACAGUCCUUGUGAAUUACUAGGAGCCUCCAAGUGUGUGAAUGCACAUUGGAGCUAAAAGUAUUCGAGGAGCAUGAUUGGACACCCCAUUAGCCUUGGUGCGCAUUAAUGUUUCACUCAUUGAAAUGUAGUUGUUUGCAGUCACAAAUUAGUCAUUUUAAUCUUUGAUAUGGUGGGUUUUUUAACUACUAAAUGUUUCCCUCAGUACCUGUAUGACAGUAAGAUCACAAAUUUGAUAUUAUUUCUCAUAGACAGCAAUGAUAUUAAAUGAAGAGCACAUGACAUCUCCUGUUUUUCUCCUGAUUUUUCUCCUGAGAAAAAUACUUUGCUUAUUCUUAAUUUUGUCUCAUCUAAAGCAGUGGUUCUCAACCUUUUUGAGUCCAAGGCCCCCCACUGUUCACAAUAAAAUUCCCUUUUACUUUUGACAGUUGUUUAAAUCCAUUAUCCAUUGUUGUUUAUUUACAGGAUAAGGAUU